AGCGUAUUCCACCGUUUCUGCUGCUCCUAACCUUUUCGUAUUGAUGCAUGAACUCGUGUUUCAUGAAUUACAGUUUUAGUUCACGCAGGACACGUCACAUGUUUACCAUCAUAUUCUUCUUGUUACUUACCAUCUAGAAUAUUUAGUCGGAAGUUUUGAGUCGUAAGACUUGAAAUUGUUUUGCCUCGAUCUAUUGCAUGCUGAGUCCUUGAGACGAUCAUGUACUAUCUUACCUGAAAAAGUGAAUAUGAGCUCUCUUAUACAAUUGCCUGUUAUGGUCGGCAUUCUUCAUGCACACAGUUGAUAUCAAACCACCGCUCGCAGAGAUAGCUGUCGGAAUGAUAUCACAUUGCUCCUGUUAAGUCACAUGUAUAGAAGCUGAGCAGUAUUUUACCAACUCCAGUUGCCGUCGGUUGUGCCCUAUCAUAUACCAUAAACAAGGAAGUACAAGCAUUGCACACGCUAGGCUCUUAGACUAUAAAAGUAUGUUAUUCUCAUAUCAACCACAACGUCCAGAUAGGCCAAUGGUUGACUCAAUGGCAUCUGAUUGUCUAGUGUCCAGUCCUAGAUAACAUGCCACUACAUCUCACUGUAGGUGUCUCUGUUCAAUAUAAUCGUCAGCAGCAGCAAUUAUCCUUCAAACGGAGGUGGCGUACACGUCGUAUUCCUGUGUGUCUGCGAACUACCUACAGAUGCAACUUAAUGAGAUUUAUUGGCUUGAUGUUAGUCAUUCCUUUCAUUACUUGGAAACCUCGUUUGACUGCGGCCUCUCUUGCUGGGAACCACCAGAAUCGGGCGUUCUUAACUGCCAGAUCUUCUCACGCACAUUCACUCACACACAUGAGCUCGAUCAGGCUGCUCACCGACUCUCAGAUAAAAAAACGUCUUCUGUACUAUGGGCACACACACACACCAUUCUGUUGCUUUGAACCACAUGUGCCAAAUUCUGAACCGCCCCUCGUCCUGCCCCAAUCAACCGGAGCUUGGUUGUCCCUCACCCCAAGGUGGGAAGAGGCAGCGGCAGAGCUCGAGGCUAGACUCCCUACCUCCAGCAGCAGCGCAGCGGAUGACAUCAUGAGAUUGCAGUAAAUGCUCAGAGGCUUGGGAUUGUGGUCCGGGAGAAUCAGCGCUACGUCAAUCAAUAAAAGCAUUACAGCUUUUGAGCCCUAGCGGUUUCUUCACUCCACAGGCCAUCCGCCAAUGGCCUAGUGCAAAAAUCGACCCUUGGGGUACAUAAUGUUCGAGCACGUUUCAGCAAACGCUCACUGUCCCCAGGCCCGAGGCUCCCAUUAGUAUUAUAAGCCUGAACUCGAGCAGGGAAUGAAAGCUGAACUUGGCCCGUAGGCCUCAAGAGAGGCCAUGGCGGUCGUGUUCCCGUAGGCACUGCAAGCGGGGAGAACUGCACCUGCAUGUCCAAAAAGAACGCUACUCGGGGAAAUGAGCGACAUGGUGCUCUCUCUCUUUCUCCCUCUCCCCACCUCUCUCGUGGCUUCUGAAGUUCUGAUGCGAGAAAUAAUGAUGAUGAGGCUCAGUACGGGGAGACAAGACUCCAAUGAUGGAUUGUGCAUGAGCCUUCUCUCCUCCUGCCGCAUGAAUGCACUCCAUGAGGCUGUUGCUGCAGCUGAUGCUCGGAGCACGCAUGCCUCUCUCUCUCUCUCUCUCUCUCUCUCUCUCUCUCCUUACCCGCCAGAAUAAGCCUUGCUGAUUGAGGGCCGUUAGUUUUAUCAUUUCUCCAGUGGCAGAAUGUCUCGGCCUUGCUGAGAGAAAGCGAUUGAAUAUACGACAAGCUUUUGAAUCGUUCCACACUAGCGAGAGAAAAUGAUGCUGUUGUUGCUGUACUGGAAGGUGAACGAAGCUUUGCAUCGACGCUGGUGGUGGUUAUGACCAUCGUAUCUUGCUUGAUUUUGCCUCUACCUCUAUGCAAGACAAAUUCAGACAUGACGUUUUGACAGAGACGAGGCAGAGGCAGAGAGAUGGGAAGUUUAGAAUGCUUCUAUAGCCCGAGACUUUGUACGACGAAAUUAGCUCCUGUGUGCGAGAAGGUUGUUGGAAAGCUUUGACUUUAGUCCCAAGCAUCGGUGGAUAAAUGUCAGAAUUCAUGGCCCCGAUUUCGUAACGAAACUUUCUGAGUUUUAUUUAUUCUGGACACGUCUGAGAGAAUGUGCGUCCUGGUUUCCAUCUCCUCUCAGCUCGUCUUCGAUGGAAGGUCGGUCGGUCGGCGGUCAGUCAGUCAGUCAGUCAGUCAUCUCCGAGAGUGUAUUGUAUUGUACAUACAUGUCGAUCGAGUGGAUAUGCACGGACAAGGUCUCGACUUCGACACGAAGCCCGAGCAGAGGAGGAGGAUUGUUCCUGCCAGUCAACAUAUCCUUUUAAAUCCCAAUUUUGAUCGAGUAGAGAACCUCAUCAAUUUCAAAGCGUCAAUCGUCCAUCGAGCACAGAAAGGAAGGAAGAAAGAAAUGAAGACGAGCAUGCGAUAAAUCCCUCCGUCCUGUGGACCAUGUCUCGACCCUAAUUCAUCAUCAGGCAGUCAGCUUAUGGCCUCGAAAAAGGUCCACAAAGCUCUCUACAAAUUUCUGAGAUAGGCUUCGGCUUGCUCUGUUGCCCUCCUAAGAUUCCAUGUCCAUCUGUGUCUGUCUGUGUGCAUUAGAGCCCGCAAGGCAUACACCGACAAUCGCAAGAAAUUCCGUGACAGCCUUACAAGCGACAGCUCCCCUCUCGGCCCAUUCGAGGUCUGAAGAGCGCUCUGUAAAGCGCUGCAUUCCUCCACAAUUAAGGAAAUGAGGGUCCGAGGGUCUCUGUCAAUGCCAAACAUCAACGAGGCUCGCGAUCGAGGAAAGCUGCGACUCAACGAAUGCUCGUGCCAAACCAGAGAAGGCGAGCCGGGCAAUGGCGGACAAUGGAGGCCUUUACGUGAUCGAGAGAGCACGAAGGGACAGGUGACCAGGCAUGGCUUCCACCCUUCCGAACUUCUCGAGCAGAAAGUCGUGGAUGGUCGGAAAUUCAGCGAGCAAAUCGGUCCACGGCCACACCCAACCUCAAGCGCAGCGGGAGCGCAGAAACAGACUCUGAUUCGGAUUCGGCUCCACACGCGUUUGCACGCCGAGAAUUCGCGAGUUCUCGAAGAUGCUCUUCGGCUUCUCGGACAUCUUCGCAGAACGGAGGACGACGAGACCGACCUCGGAAGCCGAUCGAUUGCAGGCUCGCCUUCUCGUGGUGUCGCCUUGCGACCAUCGGGCAUCGGCCAUGGCUUUAUUGUUCAUGACAACAAUUUAAGGCGGAGCAGGGGUCUGCAGGAAGGAAGGAAGGAAGGAAGCGGGAGGGGGCGGGAGUCAAGCACGUCGCGCAAAGGUCCACUCGGGGGCGCGGAGGCCAUUGAUGCCUCCAAGACCGGAGGAGCGCGGCUGAUUCGAGCCGAGGCCGUGCUAGUGGCGGUAAUUGAUUGCGGCCUGAUUUGUGUCGGGUCAACUGCGCGGACUGGGUCCGAGAGCCGCCUCGCCAAUUUCUCAUGUCGAGUCGAUGUUGGCAGAGGCGCGACAAGGCAGAAGAACAAAGUACACGGAGACGAGGAAGUGAGCACUGGAGCUAUGGAGGGCGAGCGCGACGGGACGGGACGGGACGGGCAGGAAGGAGGAAGGCUCGUUGUGUGUGGCCCGAUACGGCAGCACAGCGCGGCAUUGCUCGCUUUGACAUGAAGAUAACGAUCUUAGUUGGCAAGGCCCGGAUUCAAUAAAUUCGCACCGAUUCUGACCCAAUCGGAGCAAAGUCAAUUAGCGUCGACUUUAAGACGAGCACGGAAGAGCAGGGCGAGGAAGAGCAAGUCGACAGAAGGUUCCCUGGCCUCCUUCGGGUCCGGUUCAUACAUAAGUCAAGAAUCCAGCCGACUUGACUUUCGAUUGGAGCCCUCCACCUAAUCAUUACUGCCGAUGUCCAUCUCCCUCCUCACUCCGUGCCACUAAUCGCUCUGUAAGAAGGUGCCACCGGAUCAGAAAACUUGUCACUCCCCUCCUCCGGGGGCCAUUAGACAAAUUAAGACGAUCAGAUCAGCCCCGAACUCUGAGUCUGAGUUUAGUCUGAGUCCGAGCCCGAGCCCGAUCCCGAGCCCGAGCCGAAGCGCUUUGUGGUCGAUUGUAGACCAGAAUAAAUUAGAGGAUCGUAGUAGCGCUG